AUGGCGUGGCGGGCGAGGCUGGCGCGCUGCGACCGGUGGAGCGCCGCGCGGGCAGCGCACCAGCCUCGCCCGCACCUCUCCACUGCGCCGCGUGCGCCGCUGGCAGGAGAGAUGGUGGCGGCGAACGGCGGCGGCUGCGCAGCCCAGGGGCAGGGGACGUCGUACGCGUGUCCCGUCGCGUCUGGUGUCGUGGCGCUUAUGCUCGAGGCGGCUCCGCAGCUCACGUAUCGCGACGUUCAGGGUAUCCUCGCCCAGACGUCCUACAUGACGGAUCCGGACGACGAGGGCUGGACCACGAAUGAGGCGGGCUACCACCACAAUGCCAAGUACGGAUUUGGGAUGGUGGACGCGCAGGCGGCGGUGGAGGCAGCGCAGUCGUGGGAACCGUGGCGGGCCGGAGGUGCUCAUUGA